AUGUCUCAACGAUACCGCACCAUCGAGCAUGUGAUCUCAAGAUCGCACAUUCGCAAGUACUCCAGAGCGACCGCUUCCGGGCAGGAUGGCGAGCUCGACCUUCGUAUUAAGCAAUAUGUGCCUCUUGACAAUCCAACACCAAUCGCUGGCGACUUGACCAUCAUGGCGGCCGAUGGUAGCGACUCACCCAAGGAACCUUACGAGCCGCUGUGGGAUGACGUGCUUCAACUUUGCGACGAGAAAGAUGCCCACGUUCGAAGCAUAUGGAUUGCCGAUGUGGCUCAUCAAGGCGGGAGUUGCAUUCGCACUAAGCGGAAACUGGGCAAUGAUCAAUCCUGGUUUGACCAUUGCAGAGAUCUUCUGCAUAUGGUCAACAACUUCCGUGACCAAUUGCCGCGACUCAUCAUCGGAAUAGGCCAUAGCAUGGGAGCCGGACAGCUUGUCCUCAUGCACCCCAGACUGCUUCACUCCCUAGUACUCCUGGAGCCAGUCAUCGGAAAACGCACAAAACCAUGCCAAGGACCUAGGCUUACGCGAGCGCCCACCCUCCGAAAGGAUACAGCGCUAUCAAGAGCAGACGCCGUCCACGCCGCCGAGAAAUCCUUGCAAAGCUGGGACAACCGCCACGGUUUUCGCGAGCUGCCCACAGUCGCCGUUCCUGAAAACACCAUUCCCGGCGCGCAGAAAGGCGAUGGGCGAACGCCCAGCAUAGCGAAGGCCAACCGACUUCCCCCUCCGGACAUCAUCGGCCCUGCUGGAACUAUCACGACCUGCUAUCGACAAGAACCUGUUCUAGCGACCGUAGGUCCAAGGCACGUACGACCUUCCAUUCUAUAUGUCUUCGGUUUCCGCAGUCUGUUGUCAUGUCCAGGUCGUAUCGAGGACAAGCUCACCAGAACGGAGUUCUGCGCGAGAGGCAGCGGCGGGCAGAAAGACGGCCGUGUGCAAGCUGCGAUCAAUCCAGUAUGUGCGCACCUUGUGUCAUUAGUGGCGGUAGCUCAAGUAGCAGCAGCCGUUGUCCCGUGGUUGAUGAAAGAAGCUGCGAAGUGGAGGGCCGAUGGGAGAAAGGUUGCUACUGGCUGGGCUGAAAAGAGCCUACGGAAAAAGACGACCGUUAACGACGAGUGGUUUAGUAAAGUCAAGUCUUUGCGGUAG